ACAAAAAGCACUGGAAGAAGAAGAAAAAUCGAAACAAUUGACAGCGCCAGCGAGCAGAAAAUCGCGACAAAAAUUUAGUUAUUUCUUACAAUUAGCUAAAAUUCCGUCAUCAAAAACAUUUCCAAGCAGACAAAAUCGAAUUGGCAAACGCGCUAACUGAAAAUUGUGUAAAAACAGCUUAAAACUGGAGCAACAGAAAAAGCGAAAAAAAGUUGAAGAAGCAGCUCUUAAAAGCAGAAAAGAAAAAAUUGCGAAGGCGACGAGUAGGAAAAAGUUUCGUUUUCCCUUUUGCGUUGCUCUUGCCGUUGCGUUUUCCGCCAGCCGAAAAGAAAUUAUCAUUUGCAAGUGUUUGGAAAUAAACGCAUUGCAAACAAUAUUAAGUUAGCCCACAACGUGCUUAUUUUUUAUCCCUAGUAUAGUGUGAAACACUUUUAUUAACGGUACUGGAUUUUCACUUGUGUUAUUGGAACGCCAAUCGGAAGAAGGGGAGAACGACGGUAUUCACUCGUUUCAUAUACUGCUGCCAAUCAAUCUGUCAAAGCCUCCAUCCCUUUUAAAGCAUCGUACGUUAAGUGAUACAUUCGUUCAUACAUUCAUAAUUAUUAAUCUUCUUAUGGGUACGAUUAGAAAACUGCAUUAAUUGCAGUACUACCGUUGUGGGAUCGCUGUAAUAGCAUCGCAAAUAGUAACUUGAUUCUCAACAUCUUAUGCGGUCAAUUCCAUUCCAAAAACUCCAGCGAAUACAACAUUAAAACUGGCUAAGAGGUUACAACAAAAUCGGCUUAACCAGUUGUUAAUCACAUGCGACUUAUUCGAAGAUAAUCAUUUAAAAGGAAACAAUCAUAACAUACUUCACAUUACUGUGUGUUUCAACUGGGAAGUUUAUCCGUAGCUUAACAUAAUUUGGGUUCUAUUGGACUAUGUCUGAGCAUUUGCAUCGUCGAAUACAAACACACACAUAGCCAUGGCUGCGACGAGAAAGUUGCAAGGUGAAAUAGACAGAUGUCUGAAAAAAGUUGCGGAAGGGGUGGAAACAUUCGAGGAUAUAUGGAAAAAAGUGCAUAAUGCUACAAACAGUAAUCAGAAGGAAAAGUAUGAAGCAGAUCUUAAAAAAGAAAUCAAGAAGUUGCAAAGGCUUCGAGAUCAAAUUAAAUCAUGGAUUGCAUCUGGGGAGAUUAAAGAUAAAAGCCAGCUGCUGGAGAAUAGGCGUCUCAUUGAAACGCAAAUGGAACGUUUCAAAAUUGUAGAACGUGAAACAAAAACGAAAGCGUAUUCAAAAGAGGGACUUGGCGCUGCACAAAAAACAGAUCCAGCUCAACGUAAGAAAGAUGAGGCGCGCAACUGGUUAACAUCGUCUAUUAGUUCAUUGCAAUUGCAAAUAGACCAAUAUGAAAGUGAGAUUGAAUCGUUACUGGCGGCAAAAAAGAAGCGCCUCGACCGCGACAAACAAGAUCGAAUGGAUGAGUUUCGCGCCAAAUUGGAUCGUAAUAAAUUCCAUGUUAUGAAACUGGAAACAGUGUUAAGAUUACUGGAUAAUGACGGUGUUGAAGCAGAACAAGUAAACAAAAUUAAGGAUGAUGUUGAAUAUUACAUUGAAUCCUCACAAGAGCCCAAUUUCGAAGAGAAUGAGUUUCUUUAUGAUGACAUUAUUGGCUUGGAUGAUGUGGAGUUAUCUGGCACAGGUGUUUCACUUGGUAUUCCAUCAUCAGCCACUACCGACAGCAAUAACAGCAACGAGACCAGCGGUUCGCCAAGCAGUAUAACAUCGGGGGGCAGUCCUGUGCAAUCGCCAGCGCCAGCAACGGGUACACAACAACAGCAGCAAGUGCAACAACAGUCUGCGGCAACGGCAGCGGCGGCGGCGACAACGACAUUGACGUCUACAAUUAAUACGACGGCAGCGGCGGUGACAACGGCGCAGCAGCAACAACAGCAGCAAAGUAAUAACAGCAACAGCAUGAAUUACGCAGCGGAAGCGGCCGCGGCGGCGGCGGCAGCCACAGCAACGGCGACCAAUAAUACAGAUGUGACAGCCAGCGAUAAAAGGAACAAAAACGAGAGUAAUUCUAGUAGCAAAACAAAACAACCUGUUAAACCAACGGCAGUGCGUGCAGCUAAUAGCACCGGUAAAUCUUCUAGCGGUACAACAUCAGAAACGUCUUCAAAUAAAGCAGUUAGUUCGACGCCCAAUAAGAAUCAUAACCAACAACAACAGCAACAGCCUACAGCAGCGGCAAUUGUCGCAGCAUCUAUGGGUGGUCAAGCAGCGCCGACGUCGGUAACCAGCACAGCAAAUAGCAUAGUUGGUGGUGCGCCCACAUUGGCCGCCACCGUCGCCGCCAUGGCUGCCGGUCAUAGUCCUGCGCUGCAACAACAUGCGCCAGCGCCCAGUUUGAAUGCGACAAAUGCAACGGCAACGGUUGGUGGUGGUGCGACAACGGUCGCAGCCGCAGUGGUGGCUAACAAUGGUAGCAGUAACAGUAACAACAACAUUCAAGGCCAAUCUGUGAUUCAAGCGACGCCAACAAUUGCAUUUGCGGCCGUAGCGAAAAACAACACAUCACAUCUUGAGAACGGACCUGUGCAUCCGGCGACAUCUUACGCGAUGACGGCUCCCACGGUAGCAACCAAUUCGCAGCAUCAGCAACAACAACAAUUAUCCAAUCUUCAAACGAAUUCCUCACAUUUACAAAACGCGCAUAAUAACACUUCCAAUAACAACGCAUCAAAUAGUUUAGCGAACGCUGUGCAACAAGGAAGCGCAGCCGUUGCCGCAGCCGCUGCCGCUGCCGGUGUUGUGGUGAAUAAUGUUGGCAGUAAUAAUUUGGUAAACUGCAUUUCUCCAAACGGUAUGUCGCAAGUAAUAGGAGCACAGCAGCAGCAGCAGCAACAACAACAACAACAGCAAGUUAUUGGUGUAACAAAUAAUGGCUCGCGAGUUUCGCCGGGCCUGCUGUCGCCGAAGCAUAUGAAUGGCAUGCCUGUGUCCGCACCCAACAUUAAUAACAAUAAUAAUAACAACAACAACAAUAAUUCGAUGGAUGCGAUUUCAUUGAAGACAAUGGCUCAGGAAGCUAUCAAUCGGUCGGUAAUCGAUACCAAUUCAUUGACGCAAGGCCCCGGACAACAGAUUGACAAUAGGCAGCAGCAACAGCAACAACAACAACAGCAAGCGCCACAAUCACAACAGGUCUUACAGCAUUUCUCAACCGAUACAACUGCCAACCAACAACAGCAACAACAACAACAGCAGCAGCAACAACAACAAUCCGGCGGUUUAGCAGCAGCAGCAGUAGCCUUUGCAGCAGCAGCGGCAGCAACAAAUGGACCAGCAUCAGCGGGUGCGGGCCCAGUCGGUAGUGCAGUUCAAAGUGGUUUAGGCGGUAUGACGAAUACAGCGGUGGGUCAACCGGGCGCUGGUAAUAGCGGUGUUAAUGCACCAGUUGGUAGCAAGCCACUGCAACAGCAACAACAACAACAACAGCAGCCUACAAAUGAAGCGCAUAUAACGCCGCUACUUGGCGUAGCACCGCUGGGCACAUUACCGCUACAUAAAGAUCAUCAAUUACAAUUCAAAAUGAUGGAAGCCGCUUACUAUCACCUCCCGACACCAGCCGACUCGGAGAGAUUGAAUAUAUAUCUGCCGCGAACGCCAGUGCCGACACCACUGCAUUUUCCUCAGCAACAGCUUCCACUCUACGAUACCGUUGAAUUUUAUCAACGACUCUCAACCGAAACGCUCUUCUUUGUUUUCUAUUAUAUGGAAGGUUCGAAGGCGCAAUAUUUAGCAGCGAAAGCAUUGAAAAAGCAAAGCUGGCGAUUUCACACAAAGUACAUGAUGUGGUUCCAAAGGCAUGAGGAACCAAAAAUUAUUAACGAUGAUUACGAACAGGGUACGUACAUCUAUUUUGAUUACGAGAAAUGGAGUCAACGCAAAAAGGAGGGAUUUACUUUUGAAUACAAGUACUUAGAAGACAAGGAGUUGAAUUGAUCGCUGUCUGUUGUGCAGCCAAUGUAUAAAAGAAAUUUUUGUUAUAAAAAAAACAUAUGAAUAACUUCUAAGCUACAUCAGCCAACAACAGCAACAGAAACAUCAGUACCACCUCUUUUAACAGCUAACAACAACAGCGAAAAAUUUAUCAAACUACCAACCCAACUAGAACAAGAACAAGAAGUACUGCAUACGUUUGCAAAAUACCUGUCAACUUUUUCCAUAUGUUGUUCCUUUUUUUUGAAUUUGCUAUGUUCACUUUUUUACUGUUUAUGAGUUACGAAACGAGAAAAGAAAGCGAACAAUAUCAAAUCUACAACAUACAAUCAUACAUCAUAUAAAAAUAGUACAUAAAACAAUUUACUGAAAAUUCAAAAAUGCAAAGAAUUAUGAUUUGAGAAUACUUAAAAUUGCGCUAGGACGUCAGUAAACAAAACAAAAAAAACGCAAUUCAACAUAGCAAAUUACUAAACAAACAUUGUAUUGCGGCGAAAAAUGUUACUUUAGUUUAAAAUUCGCAUUUAAUACAGAACUUUUUUAGCAUUUGCCGUCAGUUAUUUCAAACACAAAUAGUUAUAAUUGUAGCAAAACGUUAAAAAAGGAACAUGAAAGGAAGCAGCUGCACCAGCCACUGCUGCCAACAAAUGCCUCUACGGUUUCUGCAGCAGCUGCGCGAUCGCAAACGUUGAAAAUAACACACAGUAGUCCAAGAAUCCAAGUAAUGAGUCUCGGAAACUAAUGUGCUGUCACCGCAUUCAUACCUCCUUACACAAUUAUACAUAGUAUAUAUACAUACAAAAAUUGAAUGAGCUACCCAUAAACAAAAGUUGCUACAUUUCCCCCUCCUUGCCCUCCCCUACUACUAUCCCUUCACACAAAUUUAUAUAAACUUUAUUUGGGCGCAUUAUAUGCCGCCCAACUACGAUUGCCUAAUUUCUCUAGAUCUACUUUUUAGUUUUUCCAUUUUAUAUUCAUUCAUUGAACAUAAAACAUACAUUUUGCAAUUAAAGAAAAAUGGAAAAACUCCCCCCAACUAUACAUAUAUGAUACUUUAUAAAAGAUGAAAAUGUUUACAAAAAAACAAACAACAAGAAAAAAAUUGAAAAAAUGGUAAAAAAGAGGUGAAGUUAAAAGAAUAUGAUAACAAAAAAACUUUGAAGAACAAAAAUCAUCAAAUGAAAAGUAAAUACAAAAGAAAACAACAAAAAAAAAA